AUGGCGUCGCAUUCAAAACGAAAGUUUGACGCAGCGGAAGCAUUGCUUGUUUUUGAUGAUAUAAGUAGCUGUGAUGCCAGCGAAAUAUCAGAAAACGAUGAGGAAGACUCUAAUUGUGAGAUUUUAUCAGAAUCUGAAUCUUGUGAGUCCAUGGAUUUAUCAGAAAGUGAGGUUGCAGUUGGGUCAGUUGUAACGCCUAGGCCAUCGUCAUUGUGUUUGGAGAAAGAGGUAGAUGAAAAGUCAGAAAGUUUAGAAUCUGAAAGUCCUGAUGAAAUUUCAUUGGAAAGAGAAACAAAUGUUUUCAAACCAGGGAAAGAGACAAGGAAAAUUGGAAAAGGAAAAGCCGUUUCAAGAUUUGCAGUAAGCAAUGUGACACGUGGCCGACCGAAAAAACAUAUUCAUGCUCAAAGCCAAAAUCUUGCUAGCAAGGCAUCCAAGAAAUCAAGAAAGGAAGAGUCUCAGCACUCGAAGUGGGCUAAUGAUAAAAACUGGAACAAAACAUGCUCUGAAAGGGCAAUUCCACUGUUUGUUGGAAAACAAGGCCCACAAAUGAGAAGUACAAGCCUCCCAGAAAAAUUAUCAUCUAAAGUUUUUUUUGAGCAGUAUUUCACUGAUGAGGUAUGGCAAUUACUUGUUGACAUGACAAAUGCAAAUGCUAUUGGCAAAAAUGUGUCUUCUUGGAAGAACAUAAAUGUUGCAGAGAUGAAGGCAUUCUUUGGGUUGUUACUAGCUAUGGGCUUGUUGAAAUUACCUAAAAUAAAGGACUAUUGGAGAAAGAUCAAUUGGCUUAUACAUGUCAGUUCUUUUGGAGAGGUAAUGCCAAGAGACAGGUUUUUGCAGCUGUAUAGAUAUUUGCAUGUUUGUAAUGAUAAUCAGCAAAUACCAAGAGGACAAGAUGGUCAUGAUCCUCUAUUCAAAAUCAGGUCCUUUCUAAAUUUGAUCUCUGACAGGUUUAGAAAUGUAUAUAAACCAUCCAGAGACAUAUGCAUUGAUGAAAGCCUCAUCCCAUACAAAGGAAGAAUUUACUUUCGUCAAUUCAUUCCUAGUAAAAGGGCACGAUUUGGCAUCAAAGCCUUUGUGUUAUGUGAAUCUGACACUGGGUAUGUUAGUGAGAUUGUCAUCUAUACAGGGAAAGAUGCUAACCAAACAAUUUCAAAAGGCCUAGCAGAGAAAGUAGUUUUGAAGCUCACUGAAGGCUACCAAGAUGUAAAUCAUCAUUUGUACUUGGACAAUUAUUACACCAAGGCUUGGUUGCUCAAAUCCUUAGAGGAAAAGGGAAUUUAUGCAAGUGGAACAGCCAGAGUGGACAGAAGCGGAUUUCCGAAGGAAAUAGUGAUUGCAAGUAAAAGAGGAAAAGAUCGUGGAUAUUCAGAUUGGAGAAUGAAUGGAAGUAUUUUGGCCACAUCAUGGCUUGACAACAAAGGGGUACAUUUUUUGUCUACAAUACAUGAGCCAGAAUACAAAGAUGAUAUCCAGGAUAAAGAAAAAGUUGUGAAGCGCCGUGGUAAAAAAGGACACACGGGAGCAGUUGAAAUACCUUGCCCACCUAUUGUGCAGCCAUAUAACAAGAAAAUGGGUGGUGUCGAUUUUUGCGAUCACAUGAUCAAAUUUUACAACAUUGGAAGAAGGUCAAGAAAAUGGUACAGGAGGGUGCUUUUCCAUAUUCUUGAGCUGUGCAUACAUAAUGCAUUCAUCUUGGGAUCAUGCUUCAUCCCUCAUGAAGUUGGCAAGAAAACUCCCAAGCGUCAAAACUUUCGUGAGGAGCUGAUAGAGUUGCUGAUAGGGCAAUACCGUGCAAGAAAGCGCACUGUAGGUCGUCCAUCUGUAGCACAUGAAAAUGAGCUCAGAUUUCAGAAUGUAGGAGUACAUCUGCCUGUGUACAACACAGACAGAAAAGACUGCCAAUUAUGCAAAGAAACUGUGAAGUCAAGCAGAGGUGGAAAGAUUGGCAAAAUUGAUCGACGUGCUGCAGGGGUUCAUGUAACAUACAUAUCCUGUGAGAUGUGCAAUGUACAUCUUUGCUUGAAUAAAGAUAGGAACUGUUUUAAAUUAUGGCAUACUAGAGUCUAA